AUGGAAUCCGAAACAGCCAUGACGUUGCCCAAGGGCAUCGUCGUCAACACAAAGGAAAUCUAUAACGAGGUCGCCAAGCAUCCCACGGUGCCCAUGGACCGGGUCUGGCAAAUAUGGCGUGUCUACACAACCACAAACAAGAAGCUCCAGGAUCCCACCGCUCGGAGGUUGGAAAACUUCUGGUGGCACGUCCUAGGUAGCGAUCGCCGCUAUCUCAACGGCGAAGUCCUCGCCACCUUGUACGAGGACAUCUCGCUCGGUCCGACCUUUGUCUCUCUGAAGGGCCCGCCCAACAGAUGGGAAGGGGAUAAUGUCCCGCCUCUGCUGCGCCAGGCCCUCUCCAUCAUCAACCCCGAGAAGCCGGAGCGGGCCCAGCAGACUGUGCCGACUCAGACCCAGCAGACCCAGGCCCAGCAAGCUCGGCAGACGCCGCCUCAGAAGGAUGGGCAUACCGGUGCCACCGCCGACACCGACAGCUCAUCCAAGGGCUCAUCCUCGAGCGCCACGAAACCGCCGCCCCCUCACCCCAUCCUGAAGAAGCCUAGAGGGCCGUCGACAUCUGGAUCCCGCCCCACGGCCCGCUUUGUCUCCCCUCCGAUAUCCGAAGCCGACGAGGACGAGGCCAACGUCUCGUCUGGGAGUACCGUCACACCCUCGCUCGAAAGUCGAACUCCCGUCAUGUCGCCGCUCAAGAAGAAGGGCUCCACAUCCAAAAAAUUUGUCGCCUCGACGGCCUCUGCCAAGAGGAGACCCGCCAUAGCGAGGCGCACGAGCUCGCAUCCAUCCGUCCAGGCGCUGUCGGACCACCCCUCCAGGGACGGCGGCUCCGAGCCAUCGAGCCACCGGAGCCCGUCGACCCCCCUGCGCUCCACCUCGCCCCUCGGAGAAGGCUCUGCUUCUGGGAGUGCGGUUGGCAGCUCGUCGCCCAAGCUGAGCGAUAAGGCAGCAGGGAAGCGCCCCGCUCCGUCACGAAGGAGCACGCACGACAGCAGAAGCGAAGGUGCCACCAGGGCGUGUCGAAACGGAGGGAUCAAGCAAUCCUCCGCAUCCCUGAUCCGCCUGUCGGACGCGGCUGGAAAGGGCGAGAGGCCCAAGCGAAGGGCGCAGUCAAGCGUGGACUUGUCAACAGCAGUAGCCAAGAGCGGCGCCGGAGCUCCGGAGCCGACCAAGAGCAAGGCUGCUGGCGGAUCCGGCUCUGCCCCGGCCAACGCCAUCGGCUCCGCGUCUGGCUCUGCCGAGCCUCCCUCCUCCAACCCUGCCUCCAUCUCGACGGCGACCACUAGCGCUGCUACGACGACCACCAGUGCUGCCACGGCCGCACCCCCAAGUGCCAGAUCUACGCCGAUGACACACUCACGUUCGCACAGCGGCUUCAUACACCGACGCGGAAGCAGCGCUAUACUAGGCACCGCCAACGGUCUUGCCGCGGGAGCCGCCGCCUCGACGACCAACGUACAGGCUCAGGGCAUGAUCCUGGACGAGUCGGGUAGCUACCCAGCCGCGGGCUUCCACCCCAGCGCUGGCGACUACCCUGAUCAGCAAUACGGCCCCGGCGAAGACGACUACCCGGACUCGAAGAGGUUGUCGGCCGCCAACCGCGGACCGGGAUUCACUCCCACCCUGCCCAGCUCGUCGGCCAGCGUCCCGCUCGGCAGGACCAAGAGUCAGCUGACGCUGCUGCUCGAGAGGGAGAAUGACGCUCGGUCCGGGAGGUCAUUUUCAAAGCAUUAG